AUGAAAGCAGCAAUAACAAGAAAGAGCUGCAAAGACAGAAGUAGCAACAAGAGCUACAAGGGCAACGGCAACGGCAGUAGCAACAAGAGCUACAAGGGCAACGACAACGGCAGUAGUAACAAGAGCUACAAGGACAACGGCAAUGGCAGUAGUAACAAGAGCUACAAGGGCAACGAAAGAGGAAUUGAAGAUCAAGCUGAAACAGCUAAUAAUAAUGAAGAAGGAGAUGGUGAAGAAGACGAUGGUAAAGACAAUGAAGAAGGAGACGGUGAAGACAAUGAAGAAGACAGUGAAGAUAAUGAAGCAGUCAAUUAUGACGAUAAUAAUAAUAAUACACAUGAAGACCCUUUUGUGUAUAUUGACUAUUAUAGAGAAAAUGAGAACUCCAAUAUUAUUCAAGAUUGGAAUUA